AGCCUGCGGCAACAUGUCUGUCACUAAAUACAUGGACUACCAUGGCGUGCCUCUCUCCCCACACAUCCACAAGAAGGAACAUCUGGAUUACGCCCAGAACUUCUCGGUGCAGGACACAGACGUCUUCGCCGUGACUUACCCCAAAUCAGGGACUGUUUGGAUGCAGCAGAUCCUCCCACUGGUGCUCAACGGCGGAGACUUGACGCCAAUUCAAACAAUCCCAAACUGGGACAGAGCUCCCUGGCUGGAGGACGGACGACUGAGGGUGGUGGUGGAUCAACUUCCCUGUCCCAGAUUGAUGGUGACUCAUUUCCACUACAAGAUGAUGCCUCCGUCCUUCUUCACCUCCAAAGCGAAGGUGGUGUAUGUGAUGAGGAAUCCCAAAGACAUUGUGGUGUCGUCCUUCCACUUCCAUAAGAUCGCUGCUUUCUUGGAAGAUCCUGGAACCUUUGAGGAUUUUUUGGACAAAUUCCUGGAUGGAAAAGUUCUGUUUGGGAAAUGGACCGAGCACAUUAAGAGCUGGAAACACACUGACCUCGGUGACCGGAUCAUGUUCAUCACUUACGAGGAAAUGAUUGAGGAUCUUCCUGCAGCCAUAAGGAAAUUAUCCAAGUUCCUGGGUAAGAAUCUGAGCGAGGAUGUCGUUCAAAAAAUUGCGGAAAAUUGCUCAUUCCAGUCCAUGAAGGACAACAACAUGUCGAACCUAAGUCUGGUCCCAAAAUCCUACAUCAACCAAGAGGAGACUUCCUUCCUGAGGAAGGGAAUCACAGGCGACUGGAAAAACCACUUCAACAGUGAGCAACUGGCUCGGUUCUCUUCGGUCAUCAACAAAGAGAUGGAAGGGGAGAGCUUCUCUCUUCCAUGGAAAAUGGGCUGACCACCUGACGGAACCCUGAGUCACCGCCUCAGUCGGAUUGUGGUGCUGCUGAGAUGGACUCACCUAAAAUUAUAUUUGCUAUUGUUUCGUCGCAAAGUUAUACAGACAGAAAGCGUAUGCAUGUUAGCAAGUUGUGGUUAGUUCUUACUGUGGCUUUCAGCAUUUUCUAUGUAUUUUAUUAUCCUAUUCACUGUGAUUUAUUAAAGAGCCAGUGAUGUAUCCUCCUCAUUCCUCACCCAGACCUCAUUAUUUCGAUGAGCUUUCCCUCCUUUCCUUCCUCCUCGCGCUUCCACGUCAAAGAAAACAUUCUGGUCUUGUAAUGUUAUGAUAAGAUGGCACAACAGAAUACAUAAGUGCAAUCUCAAAGAAUAUGAGGAGUGAGGCCACCCAACCAUUCUCAAGGU